AGUGUGUUAGCGGACGGCCGGGCGCACGGACGGCACGCACGAACCGCACGAAGCAGCACGAAGUGGUCCUUGCGUCGCCAUUCCGCGCCAGAAUUGGGAAAUCUGUGCAUGACUUAGCCCGAGUUAUUUUAGUUGUUUCCUUUAUAUUCAUUUACCGCUGAAAAAUCCGGCUUUGGCGAAGUAGUGGUGCAAUGAACCUCCGCUAGUGUUCAAUUCUUGUGUGGUUUGAACAAAGAUGGACUUUUCGAAGGUGUGUCGCGUAUGCGCUGAGACAGGAGUUUUGUUAGAACUUUUUGGCUCUAAAACCCAAACAGUAUCUUAUGCAGAGGAUGUCAACAAAUGCCUUUCUCUUGAGACGUCCAAAGGGGAUGGUCUACCUUCACACAUAUGUGUCAGUUGCGUAGGCGCUAUAAAUGAAUGCUUACGUUUUGUUAAUAAAUUGAAAAGCCUGAGUGGUGACAAACAAAGCCAUCGGCGCAGAGGGUCAACAGACUCUAGUAAGUCCAAAUGCUGUUACUUCUGUGAAAGCACCGAGAACCAUCUAUUCCCCUUAUCAGAGGCAUCUGUCAACAAAACCAACGACUGCUUUAGCGUGAAAGUUUCGGACAAGGAAACAAUAUGCUAUCGGUGUCAGUUUUGCUUAGACACAGUACAUGAUUUGAAAUUGAAAGCAUGUACAUCCUUAAAGAAAUUUUACAGUAAUUCGUUCUCUGUCAAAGAGGUUGAGAAAACCUCCAACAAAAAAACUGAAAGUGUUGGUGAAAUAGUAAAAACAUUAAAAAAUAAAUUUAAUGUGGAUAAAAAUUCAAUGCUACCUAAAGUAGUCAAAGUCACUGUGGUCGAUUUUGCUGUUGUAAUAGGAUCAGAUAUUUUGGCCAAAGGUUCAAUUAAUGUCAAUGAAUUUAUGCAACUAUUCCAACCUUCAUCACUCAAAAACGGAGACAUAUCUUCUAGUGCAAAGAAAAAGGCUCGACAAUCUUCUCUUAAACAAGAAACCAAGCAGGAAGUCUCUGACUCAGAUACGUUUAAACCUCCAGGGCCAAAAAGCGCCCGUCCAGGUCCCAAACGGCAUCAAAAAGUUACUUUUGAUAUCAAGUCAAGCAGUCUCCCCAAGGAUUUUGGUGACUCUGAGGUGUCAACAUCCACACCUAAUGUACCCUCUAAAAAAAAGAGAUCACGCAUGGUUAGUGAUUCUGAUGAUGAAAAGCCAUCUAAGAAAACUUGCUUACCCAGUGAGUCUCCAAACUCCCCAUCAUCAACAACAAGUUUAAAGACUGACAGUCCCAGACAAACCAGAAGGAACUCCAUCUCACCAGAAAAGGAUGAUAGAGUUGAAGAAAAUAUUAGCAUUUCAAAAGAUGAAACUAUCCCAGAGACAGUCAAGCCUCCAACUAAGAAGAAUUCCCCUAGACCCAAAUCCAAGAAGACAACUAAAAAAGAAUCUUCAUCUUCUAUGGAGAAAUUGGAUCAGAUAGAUAGUCCAGUACAAAACGAUACUUCUCAAGAAAACGUAUCAGAAAAUUCACAAGCGGAAGAAAGUGAAAAAUCAAGUAAGAGGAAAAGAGCCAGGAAAAAUGAUGGAAACUACUCCAAAUUUUUUGGAGAAGAUUCUCCAUCUCCCCCGGCUAAAAUUCAGAGGAAACGCAGAGACAGUGAGGAAAAAGAUUUCUUUAGUUCUAAAGGAAAGAAGAAGCAAUGGAAAUCAUCUGUGAGUGAUGGUAGUGAGGUAGAUGACCCCAGUAGUUCAAUGAAUGAAAGUCAAGUUGUUGAACAGCCUGAUUUCUUGAAAGAACUUGAUGAUUUGUUAAGAAAUACCCCGAAGUCGACUUUUAGACCUUUUAUAUGUUCUGUUUGCCGCGAGGGUUACGUCAGCACUGUGAAAGGAAUGUUGCACAAACUAGUAGUUCAUGACCCACACUCCAAUUUGCUACUGAAGUUGACUCGGUGUGAUGAUGAUGGAGAAAUGGAGAAAUUAAAAGAAAUUAUUUUCUUUAGAUUUGGUAGUACUGCUGCAGCUGAAACUUCAGAUGUUCAAAGUAAUGUGGCACUGAACAAUGAUGAUGGUGCUGUAUCCGAUGAUGAUCUGUUCCCUGACAUUCAAGCAAAAUCUGCAAAGAAAGCAGUUUCCAAGGAUUUAUUUGAAGAUCUUGUCAGCAGCACUAGUUACCACAACAUCUCUGAAACCCCAGCUGAAGAACCUCAAACAACAUCUAAAGAACCUGAAACAGCCACUGCAGAUCCUAAAGGAACAGUUGAUAAACCAGAAAGCACAGCUUCAGAACAUGAAGAUGUUGCCAGUUGUGAAGAAACAAUGGAGACUUCAUAUGAAAAAGGAGCAGAUGAAGAUAAGUCGAAGAGUGAAAACAAGGGUUAUUUGACAUCUGAAACUGUGGAAGAUGAUCACACUGAGAAGACAGAGGAAGAUAAGCGAAAAGAUGAUUCUGUGGAGAAUGAGAAUGAUGUUAUUCAAAAUAAAGAAGAUGGAACAGAUUUUGAAAAUUGUGAAAAUGGUGAGAACUCUUUUGAUAAUUUGGACCCUAGCAACAAAACUCAAGAGGAGCAGUCAACAGAUGAAAAAGAGAAGGGCAAGGUCCCAGAAGAUGCUGCAAGUAUUGAGGACCAGUCUAGGAAUCAAGAUGAAAUGUUAAAGGUGAAUGAAGAUAAAGAGGACCCAAGUGGUGUUCCGGAGGAGGCAGAGUCGGAGAAAGAGGAAGAAAGUGAGUCUACAGAGAAGGACAUUGUAGAAAGUGAAAGUAAAUUACCAGACAACGAUGAAGAGCCUAAUGUUUGUGAAAGCGAUGUUAAAGAAAAGGCUUCCGUUGAAUCUGAUAGUGAAAUUGAGAGUGCUAAGGUGUCUGAGGAUUCUGACUCGACAAACAAUCAUGCGGGGAAAGGUAUCUCUGAAAUUCAAGACGAUGGUUUGAGUUCUGAGAAAACUGAUAACAGUCCUCAAUGUGAGGAUUCUGAUGUAAAUAAGGAUAUCAUUGAGGAUGGUGAGUCUGUUAACCAAAAACAUGUUGAAGAAUCUGAAAAUAGCAAAGGCAAUUUGGAGGAUGAAUGCUUAGUGCAAGAUGAACAUAAAAGUCAGUCAGAAACUGAAAAAGAGGAAAGAGAUGAGAGAGCACCUGAAGAAGCUCGUUGUGAAGGAAUAUUGGUUGGUGUUAAUUAAAGUGCAGCAUUGUAACUUGUUAUGCUUGUUGAUGAAACACAUCCUUGAUCUUUUUUAUGUUGUGUAUCUUUUGUUAUUCAUUUUAUUUUUGCUUUGACACUUGAAUCUUUUUUAAAAAAAGUAACACAUUUUAAAGUUGAUUAGUCAGUUUUCUUUAUUUGUUAAUCCUUCAAUGAAUUCUGGAGACAAAAUUUAUUUACCUGGUAAAUUCAUUUUUAAAGUUUGUAACUUAAAGUUGAAGUUAAAGCAAGUAACUGGCACUUUUCUAUCACGAAUUGUCUUUAUGUAUGAGUCUUGAUGUACGUUAUGUCAGCAAUUAUACCUUAUAGCAUAUGAAAUUGAUGAUUUUUACCUAUUCAGUUGUAGCUUCCUCUAGUGCGUCCAAAGACUGAUUGAGGUCUAAACUAUGGGUGGCAAAUAGGUACUCUUGCUUGUAAAUUGUUACGUAUUUUUUAAUUUGUUGUUAGUGAUUGAUCACAUAUUAAUUAUAUUUGUGUACACACAUCUGUACUUUUUGUAUGCUGAUGCUGAUGGUAGACUCCCAACAUGAAUACAAAGUUAGAUCUAGUGCAUAGCAAGUGCAGUAUUAAAUAAUUUUCUGGCACAAGCUAA